CGCCUUUUGCGCUUUGUCUCGAUUGCGUUCAACUUUCCAGGACUGCUAUAUGGUUACGACAUCGGAGCCAUGAGUUUUGUUUUAGACAUGUUAACGCCGCCCCACUUCUGGUGGGAUGAUUUCGCGUCUCGUCGCGUGGCCCAGGGUUUGACCAUGGGAGCCGUUUCGGCGGGUGCCUUGCUGGGAUCGCACAUUGUGCUCUUUCACUUGGCCUCACAUGUCGGACGUCGGACGGAACUCCGGGUAGCUGCUCUGUUAUACAUGAUUGGGUCUUUGCUUUGUUACACCAGUGGUACGAUGUUGGCGCAGCAAGAUUAUUGGGGCUGGUACAGUCUAGUACUCGGGCGGCUGGUUAUUGGUACCGGUGUAGGCUUCGUCAUGCACGGCGCACCUACGUACAUGGCAGAAAUGGCACCGUCAAGUAUUCGCGGCGCUGUGGUGUCGGCCAAGGAAACGGUCAUUGUUCUAGGUAUUGUUUUGGGUUACCUGGUCGGUGAUAUGGUAGGGUCGCGGAACAACAAUGGCAGUGGCGAUUGGACACUCGUGUACUGGGUAUCACUGGCUAUUGGCACACCCAUGCUUGUUCUGACGUUUGUCAUCCCACGCUCCAAACGAUGGCUGUUACUGCACGGGCACAAGGAGGAAGCUCGAGUAUCUAUGCAGUUUGUGUAUAAGGGCAACAUUAAUACAGAGUUUGAAGAACUGGCCGCCAGUAUUCAGGCCAACCGUAUGUACAAACAGCAUUCAACGGCCGUCGACCAAGGGGGGCUGUGCGGCUUGCUCGAGUCAAGAUUGUUUUCGAAACCCAUUCGGCCAGCUCUUCAAGCCGCAAUGGGUCUGAUUAUACUGCAACAACUAUCGGGGCAGCCGUCGCUCUUAUCCUACGCGACUGUUCUGUUCCACGCCGCUGGUUGGGGCGGACACGCCUCCGUAAUUACGGCAAUGCUUAUGCUGUGUGUCAGUAUUACCACGGUACUGCUGGUGGACCGUCUCGGUCGCAAGCGCCUCUUACUGACGAGUAUUACUGUACUUGGUAUGGCGGCUUUCACGUUAAGCCAUGUGUUUUGGAACUGGAAAAACGGUGCCGUUCAUGAGCUGCAAAGUCUCGAAAAAACCGUCGUGUUGAUUGCCAUGUUCGUAUACAUUGGAGCGUACCAGAUUGGCUUUGGACCUAUAACGUGGUGCUUCGUAUCCGAAGUCUUCCCGAUGGACGUACGAGGACCCGCGACAGCCUUGGCAGUUGAACUUAACUAUGCCGGCAACUUUGUGGUGCAGUUCUUCGUACCCCUGGUCCAGAACAAAAUUGGUUGGGGACCGACCUUUCUGGUUUUUGGAUGUUCUAUGCUGACUGGAUUUUACUUUGUUUGGAAAAAGAUUCCGGAGACAGCCGGCCUGUCAUUGGAAGAAAUAGAAGCCCGGCUG